AUGACCAUUGUGUCACAAAAGUUCCCCGGUGACUGGAACCAGAAGGAAAAGUGGUACGGCACCGAAUAUCGCCAUGAAAAGAUUACCGACGAGUUCAUGGCGGAGAUCAAGAAGGCGGCUUCAGGCCCUGCUUCAGCACGUCCAACCGAACUCCAUCUCCCUCACAAGAACAAUUUCAUUCCCACAAAGCUUGAGGUUGAGAAGAAGGAGGUCAAGGAGCCGGCACUGUCACCGUGCCUCGUCCGAAAUGACAGCCUCGCUCGGACAUGGUUCAAGAAGGAUGACACGUUCUGGGUGCCCAAAGCCAACCUUAUCAUCAGCUGCCGGAACCCAAAUAUCUACUCGACUGCGGAGAAUGCUGUCAAGGCCUGGCUAUUCACUGAACUCAUUACAGAUGUUCUCGAGACUGACUUCUAUGAUGCGGAGCUUGCUGGCCUACAGUAUAGUGUCACGCUCGAUGCUCGUGGACUAUUCCUAGCUCUCAGUGGAUACAACGACAAGUUGGCGGUCCUCCUGGAGCAGGUUCUGAUGACGAUGCGAGAUCUCCAGAUUAAAGAUGAAAGGUUCGAAAUUAUCAAAGAGAGCCUCAACCGGGGAUAUAAUAACUGGGAGUUGAAGCAACCGCAUAGCCAGGUCUCCUAUAAUACGACUUGGCUCAACUCUGAGCACUACUACGUCGUAGAGGAGUCUCUGGCUGAGUUGCCUAACAUUACUGCCGAGGAUGUUCGCCAGUUCAAGAAGCAGAUGCUUUCACAGAUGCACAUCGAGACAUACUUGCAUGGAAACCUCCACAAGGAGAAUGCUCUGAAGAUGACCGAUAUGAUUGAGACGAUUAUGAAGCCCCGCGUUCUGCCGCGACCUCAGUGGCCCACUAUUCGGUCCUUAGUUAUCCCCCCCGGGUCGAAUUAUGUCUAUAAGAAGACGUUGAAGGACCCCGCAAACGUAAAUCAUUGUGUUGAGGUAUGCCUCUAUGUUGGUGACAAGGUUGACCGUCUUGUUCGCGCCAAGACCAAGUUGUUCGACCAGAUGUCUGAUGAGCCAGCUUUCGAUCAACUUCGAACCAAGGAGCAGCUCGGAUACGUUUUUUUCAGCGGAGUGAGAAGCUUUACCACCAUAUACGGCUUCAACUUCAUCAUCCAGAGUGAGCGCACGUACUUGGAGUCGAGAAUCGAAGCCUUCCUCAACUUGUUCUCGAAUAACUUAGAUUCGAUGUCAGAGUCUGAAUUUAAGGGCCAUAAGCGUAGCUUGAUCAACGAACUCCUCGAGAAGUUCGAGAACCUAGACGAGGAGAGCGAAAGUCAUUGGCAUCAGAUCGUCAGCGGAUAUUAUGACUUUGAGCAAGGGCAAAAGGACGCGGAGCACAUUAGGGCGCUCACGAAAGCGGACAUGAUGGAGUUCUUCCAGCGAUAUAUCAAGCCAGGCUCGGCGACACGAGCGAAACUUUCGGUGCAUCUGCUUGCGAAAGCAGGCAAGUCGGUCGAGACGGAUGCCGAGGUCAAUGGAGUUGAGGGGGAGACCAACGCAACCGGCUCGGGGCCCAUUCCCACCACGGAUGUGCGCAGCUUCAGAGUGAGACUGCAGCCAACACAAGGUGCCCUGCCAAUCAAGGAUUUGAGCAAAUAUGAAGUUACGGGCUCCAAAUAUCAUAAACCCCUACGUUCAUUAAGGAGGCUUUAUGCAAGGAAUGCCGAGUCUUAG